AUGACCGGGCCGCCGUCCUCUUCCUACCCCGGCCAGGUCCCGCCGCCAGCCGCCGUGAUUUCGCCGGAAAACGAGGAGAAAAGCUCCGGUUUUGACAGAAAUUCGCCGGCUUCGUUCUCCGUCGUCCGGCCACCGAUUCCGGCAAGUGAGCGUAGGCAACUCGAUUUACGAAUUGGGUUUCGGCCGAAUUUCGGGAUGAGAUUCCGGCCACUUCCGGUCAGUUUUUGGGGUACGUCCAAAAACAAAAGUGACUCCAAAUUAGGUGUUUUACCCAGGGUAGGAGUUUUGAGCCGUGAUUUGUGGUUUUUCCGGCGAUGGGUUAUCGCUUUGGACACCCACGCGCUGCCGGCGCGUGGGCGGCGCGUGGGCAUUGUAGUUGAGGGGCAUUUUUGUCCCAUUGUGAUCCUCUCGAUGUCACGAGCGCGUAGGUGUGCUCGGAUCUCAUUUUGGAUACCGUUAGAGUUCCGAACAGAUAUCGCAUAUCGCGUAUUUUCCGGGUUCGCUAGGUUUGGACCGUUGGAUGGUCCUGAAGUUAUAAUAUGUUGA